AUGCUGAAGUUCAUGAUUCUGUCCGACACGCACAAUUUCGAACGGGACUCCGCAGAAACCUUCCCACUCAGCGGGCCUCUACCAAAAGUCGACGUUGUCCUCCACUGCGGAGAUCUCACCUUUGUUGGAGGGCUGUCCUCCUACAAGAAAGCACUGCGUAUGCUGGGGGACUUCGAUGCCGAGCUCAGACUAGUCAUCGCAGGCAACCACGACCUCAGCCUCGAUGGUACAUACUGGAGCUCGCAUCUAGGAGAGGAUGAUGAUCCUGCCGAGCACGAGAAGGCGAUGGAAACCAUGACCGGACCACUAGCCCACGCCGCCGGGGUGACAUAUCUCCAAGAGGGCCUGCACAGCUUCACACUCAAAAGUGGCAGCAGCUUCAAGAUCUUUGCGUCGCCUUAUCAGCCUGAAUUCUGCGACUGGGCUUUCGGAUAUCCACGGAACGAAGGCGAACAACGUUGGAACAUUCCAAAGGGUGUCGACAUUGUCAUGACACAUGGUCCGCCGCUCAAUGUUUUGGAUCUAUGCAAAGGCGGGAACAUGGGCUGCGCGGCUCUCCUGAAUGAGGUGAAGUCUGUUGCGCCGCUGAUGCAUUGCUUUGGCCAUAUACAUGAAGGCUAUGGAGUGGAGAAGAAGAUCUGGAAUGUUUCAAAUGAAGCGCAAGGAGUGGUGGUCAAGGUCAAUAUGGCUGGGUGCGAAAAAGCUGCCGAGGAAUACAAGAUUGAGCGAGGUUCGAGCACACUCAUGGUCAACGCUGCGAUCAUGAAUGAGGAGUAUAAGCCGGUAAAUGCACCGAUUCUGAUAGAGCUGCCGCUGUAG